AUGUACGUGAGCUACCUCUUGGAUAAGGACAUGAGCAUGUACCCCAGCUCCGUGCGCCAUUCUGGCGGGCUCAAUUUGGCGCCGCAGAACUUCGUCAGCCCCCCGCAGUACCCGGACUACGGAGGUUACCACGUGGCGGCUGCGAAUUUGGACAGCGCCCAGUCCCCCGGCCCCUCUUGGCCCUCUCCUUACGGCGCUCCUCUCCGGGAGGACUGGAACGGCUACGCGCCGGGAGCCACCGCCACAGCCAAUUCAGUGGCGCACGGUCUCAAUGGGGGUUCCCCUGCCGCAGCUAUGGGAUACAGCAGCCCUGCCGAUUACCACUCACAUCACCACCCGCACCACCACCCUCACCAUCCAGGCACUGCACCCUCCUGCGCCUCGGGGCUACUGCAGACACUCAACCCUGGGCCGCCUGUGGCCGCUGCGGCUGAACAGCUGUCUCCCGGCGGCCAGCGGCGCAACCUGUGUGAGUGGAUGCGGAAACCGACGCAGCCCUCCCUGGGCGGCCAGGUUAAAACCAGAACGAAAGACAAAUACCGAGUCGUGUACACUGACCACCAGCGGCUGGAGCUGGAGAAAGAGUUUCACUAUAGCCGGUAUAUCACCAUCCGGAGGAAAGCGGAGCUGGCUGCCACACUGGGACUAUCUGAGAGACAGGUUAAAAUAUGGUUUCAAAACCGAAGAGCCAAGGAAAGAAAAAUUAAUAAGAAGAAAUUGCAGCAGCAGCAACAGCAGCAGCCACCACCUCCAACUCAGUCACAGCCCCAGCCUGGUGCUUUGAGAAGCGGCCCAGAGCCACUAAGUCCGGUGGCCUCCCUGCAAGGCUCAGCACCAGGCUCAGUUCCUGGAGUUCUGGGGCCUGCUGGAGGAGUGUUGGCCCCUACCAUCACACAAUGA